CCGUCUAAAUAUCCUUCAAUAGUCGAUGGAAGUUAAGGCUAGUGCGAUUUCUCGUUUUAUUUAUUACUUAUGUAACUUGAUACGAAUCUAGGCCACAGUUAAUCGCAACGCUUAUUCCUAGGGCAAACAAGCAAAAAUUGAACUUCUUAUCAGGACCUUCGUUCUAUGUUUAAGAAUACAUAAUAUAUAAAUAUCAAUCAUACUAGUAUAAAACAAUUCAAAAGCGUUAGCCAUCUUCAGUGUAAAACACUAGCUCAAAAUGUUAACAGUCAAUAUAUUCGCAGUGCUCUUGCUCGCUGCCCCUUCGUUUGGGUUCUUUUUUGAUAUCUUCCAGUCAGGUUCUACCGAAACCAAUUAUACCUUACCCGAACCGGGAAUAUGUGGUGUGAGCCUGUCGGAUCGUAUCCUAGGUGGAUCCAAAACCGCACUGAAUGCUUACCCCUGGGCAGCGCUGCUGAUUGCCAAACCCAUCAUCGGUAAAAAGGUUAUGUACGCCUGUGGAGGAUCGCUGAUUUCCGACCGUUUCGUGCUGACGGCUGCUCACUGCUUCCGUGAGAUGCCCAUUUGGAUUCGAGUAACAAAGGUCCGCCUUGGCGAGUGGAACAUCGAGACCGAGGAGGAUUGUGAUGAUAGUGACGUUUGUGCUGAUAAGGCAAUCGAUGUUAAAAUAGGGAGUCACGUCGUUCAUGAGGAUUACGAUGCACAGGACAUUCACAACGAUGUUGCGCUAAUUAAGUUGGCGCAGCAGGUCACUUUCACGGAAUUUAUUUCACCGGUGUGUCUUCCUUUGGUCGAGGAGUUGAUCAGUAAACCCGAUUCCAGCAGGAAGUUCACGGUCAUCGGAUGGGGAACAACGGAAACUGGUCAAGAGCAACCGGGUGUCUACGGUAGUCGAUACAAGCUGGAGGUCGACCUUCCUGGUGUGGACUUGGAGGACUGCCGGGAAAAUUAUCCUUCGGCGCUGGAUUCCGAGCUGUGUGCAGGAGGUGAAGCUGGAAAGGACUCGUGCCAAGGUGAUUCAGGUGGGUGUUUGGUAGCUGCUGAGACCGAUGGAUACUGGUACCAGUACGGAGUUGUCAGUUGGGGCUACGGUUGUGGUACCAAAGGUGUUCCAGGUGUGUAUGCUCGUGUGAGCAGUUUCACCGAUUGGAUCCAGCGAAAUAUGAAAUGAAUUUGACCGUAGUCAGUUAUCAGCAAUAGGUGCAGAUCAUUGGAUUUGAAGGGUCUCUAAUUUUCAGCAAAUACAAUAAAAAAUAUAUUUUUCAUAGUCAUAGCUAAUCUGAAAGAACCCAGGAAUACAUCAUUGAAUAUUCAUAUAUUUUUACAAUGAUUGUAAAUGAAGCAUGGAUCAUGAAGCUCUUUUUGAAAAUUAAGAACAAAGUAAACAUCAAGACCAGCGCUGUUAAUCGAUAACUGUCGUUAAAGUCUGCAAUGCAUACUCACCAUUGCAGACGUUAACGCUGACCUUAUCGAUGGUUAUCUAUUAACAACCCCGAUUGAGACCUAAGAUUUUGUUUUAAAGCUUUAUGUAUCGUAAAAGAAAGCAAUUCAAUAGCUUUUAGUAGAAAAAGGACACACCAUACAUUUCAUUGAAUACUGGAACAUUGUACCAUAGUUUGGCUUCCUUGAUCAACCACGCAUGAACAACGAUUGGUAUCAAUACAAAAGCAGCUCUUAUCAACUUUAACUAAUCAUGUUUGUAUUACUCUACAUGUUUCAC